AUGUAUAAAAAAAGAAAAGUUGAACCGGUGGUUUUUGAUGCUGAAGAUGGAUCUGAAUCUAUCGUUAGUGGAAUGUUAGAACGAAUGGAGUCUAGUCUGUCACACAUGACAUUGUCUCAGUCAAGUUCAGAUGAUCCUUCUUUUAGAGUCAACAUUACUCCUACCGAUUGUACAGAGUACGUUGAGAUUCGUAUGAAAAGAACUAUUUCAACUCAUCGAUACUGUUGUCUUUGCGGUAAUACAAGUGAUUUAAUUAUUAUUCCUCAAAAAGCCCGAAUGCAGUCAUUCAUUAAGCGACGAGUCUUCAUACCAGAUGGAAAUCGAUGCUGUCAAAAUCAUUUAAUAAACAAACGAUUCUAUGAUGAAUCUCUAAGUUUGAUCAGAGUUUAUUCUAACUGGACUUUAAUUUCAUCUGUAGAAUUAAGUAAUAUGAUGGAAAAUUUUUCUGUUGAAUGCGAUUCAACAUUACUGAAUAAAAUGGAGGAUUAUCGUUUAUCAGAUGAGAAGCUUCUUGUUUUGACUGGUUUAAAAUGGGAAAAUGUGAUUGAGUUGCAGAAUUGGUUAGUUUCAAUGAGAAAUACUGAUGCUCGAAGUGUAACUCAAGCAAUAAUAGUGUUUUUGAUUAAGCUUCGCACAGGUGAUUCAAAUAAGUUAAUAUCUACAAUCUUGGAUAUUAACGAAGAGCAGUUAGUGUCAAAGUAUUGUGAGCAAGUCAUCCAAUCUUUCGAAAAAGACAUUUUACCUUUGCGUUUUGGUUUAAAUGCAGUAUCUAGGGCUGAUCUUAUUGAGAAUCAUACAUCUUCAGUUGCUAAGAAACUUCACAAUGAUUUGAAUGAUAAACUCAUUUUAAUUUGUGAUGGGACUUAUGCUCGUCAUGAGAAAAGUUCUAAUAAUGAGUACCAAAGAAAGUCAUAUUCUGGUCAAAAGAAAGUACCACUAUGUAAGCCAUUCACGAUUUGCACAACUGAUGGAUACAUAGUUGAUAUGUUAGGACCGUAUUAUGCUAACCAAAAUGAUGCUACUAUAAUGCGGGAUAUCAUAGAUAAUCCUGAUGGUAUAUGUCAUUUAUUAGAACCUGGCGAUGCAUUUGUGGUAGAUCGAGGAUUCCGUGAUGUGAAAGGAUACUUGGAAGAAAAAAAUUAUAAAGUAUUAAUGCCAGCACUCAAAGGAAAACAAAAUCAGUUAACAACAGCUGAGUCUAACGCUUCAAGAAAUGUAACAAAAAUUCGUUGGGCUGUAGAAGCAGUUCAUGGGAUGUUAAAACAAAAAUAUCAUUUACUCGAUCAAAGAAUUGACAACAAAAUGCUUCCUAGGGUUGGAAGUUUUUUUAAGAUUGCCUUAUUUUUGCAUAAUACGUAUAGUAAGCGUCUUACUUCCGACUCAGAGUUUUUGGAUAAAGUCAUCGAAACAAUGCAAUCGCAAAAUAAUGUAGUAAAUACGAUAGCUGAAGACGUUCAAAAAAAUGGCUGGCAGCGAAAAAAAUUGCCGUUUCAAACAAUUUCAUCUGAAACUCUUGAAGACUUUCCAGAAAUGACAGAAAAUGAUCUGCGUAUUUUUUUCACUGGUCCCUAUCAAUUGAAACAGGCUGUUUCCUAUUUAGCAGAAAUGCUUGAUGAAACAGGUAAUCUCACUAUUCAAUAUGUAACGGGUAUAAUUGGGUUUUAA